AUGAAGGGAAAAGAGAAGAAACUGCCAGAGGCCAAGUUGAUAAUCUCGGAUGUGUCGGUGUUGGGUGAUCCUUGGGUCCCCAUCUAUGAGACCCAGGUGGACUUUGAGGCCCAACAUUUCGAAGCUGCAAUGUCUAACUUGAUCAAACAACCCAAUAUCAACUCGACCGUGAUCAUGAGAGCAGACAUCUUGCGUGAAAACAAGUAUGAUCCGGAGGAGGGAGUGACCAAGUUUGAAAGCAAGUUUGUCGAUCAGAUGCCGGAGUUCCCGAAGACUGAUAAUCAAGAAGAUGUCGUGUUGCACCGCUACCUAGAAGACAUUUCCCUUAAAAGCAUCCCAUUGAAUAGUGAAAUCAAGCUCAAUCCAAAGUCUGAAAUUAUCAGAAGAAUCAUUCCCAGAAAUCCAUUCAAGGACUAUAUCAUAAAUCAGACUUGUUUGUUGCUAAGAGACGAACAACACCAGGAAAACGGUUCUGUAUUGGUGGUCUACAUUCCUCAUAUCAAGACUAGUGAUGAAACUCCCUUCUACUUACCUCCUGUAUAUGCAGUAGGUAUUUUGUACCAUCAGUCUACCUUGUCAAUUCAUUAUUUACCCUUUGGAUAUAAUACGACAUCGCCAGAGAACUUGCGUGAAUUAGAUCCCGCAGAAAGGCCAAUCAGAAUAGCACUCCGCUUACUUCAGACUUCGGCAAAACACUCGCACGGAGCUAAAACAGGGUAUGAAAAGAGAGUCAAUCACGAUUUGGUGGUUCCAAAAAUUGCAUUCCAGAACCGGUACAUCAGCUUGAAGAAAAAGUAUUCCUCCGAUCUUGUUAACCUGUGGAGUGAAAGCACUGAUCCUAAGAAGCAUGUGUUUGAAGACCUAGCCAUCGCCGCAUUUUUGAUUGAGUUCUGGAACAUAAAAUACAACGGUAAAACCGACUUCGAAUUUAGAGACUUGGGUUGUGGUAAUGGAUUGUUGGUAUACAUUUUGCAGAUGGAAGGCUACAAGGGAAAAGGUAUAGAUGCAAGAGCCAGAAAAUCUUGGGCAACCUACCCUAAAGAAGUGCAAGACAAUCUUUAUGAACAGAUUGUGAUCCCUGGUAUCUUGUUAAAACCACAUCCGGCUGUCUCUAAGUUGGCACCACAAGUCAAAGAUAACGGGAGAGUUUUUAACGUUCCAAUGGCACCCAAUGACAAGGGAAUGGAGUAUCAUUCCUCGGGAAGUCUCUUAAACUCCAAUCAGGUUUGCACCACCGAAGAUUUUCCAUCGAACACUUUCAUUAUUGGAAAUCAUUCCGACGAGCUUACCUGCUGGAUUCCUUUAUUGGGUUUCCCAUUUAUUGUGAUACCUUGUUGCUCGCAUGCCCUUUCAGGGGCCAAGAUCAGAUACCCUCCACGCAAAGCCAUUCACAACACCAAUAUUGGCCCUAAUCACAACACUAGCAUUUCUACAUACAGCACCUUGGUGGAUCAUGUUGAGGACCUUGCACGCCAAGUUGGUUGGAAGGUUGAAAAAGAAAUGUUACGAAUUCCCAGCACUAGAAACUCAGCUAUUAUUGGUACCGAUAAGAUAGACCGUUUCAAGAACGAGUCCAAAGAAUCUACACAAGUGCGCUUGUUUGACAUCUUAGCUGUUGAAGGUGGUGCUGAAGGGUGGGUUGAGAACUCAAUGCUUUUAAUGAAGAAGGCACCAAGAAACCACUGA